GACUUCAGGAGGAGCCAUGGGGAUUGCAGGACCUGCGGAGCUUCAUUUCCCCUGCCUUUGAACUACCUUUAAGACCUAGAUGGAAACCUGGAGAAGCUUUGAGCUUGUUGGGAUGGAGUCAGGGCGACAGUCCCGAGAACACCCUUCAGAGUCUCCAUCUGGUAAGACAGUCUUGACUGGCCCCACUCAAAGCAUCUCAGCCUGCCUCCUCUCCACCAUGACUUCUGCAGUUUGCACCCAAUAUGCCCUGGAUUUGGGGAGAUUGUGCCAUGACCUGAAGAACACUCAGGAGGACAUGAAGAACUUCCAGGACAAAGUCACGGGCACCUUGGUGAAGCUGGAGGGCAUCCUUGGUUACUUGACAGAACUGGUGGCCAGGCUCGAAACCAGAAUCCACAAUGUGGAGCAGAGGUUGAGGGUAGAAGAGGACAAAGGCACAGCGCGGAGCAAAGUCCUGUCCUUCCUGCUGCCCAGGGAGAAUGAUCUACGCAAAAGAUGUACUAUAAUGGAAAACAUGUUUUUCAAGAAGUGGACCUGGCUGGAGGAAAUGGUCCAGAAAUGGACCAAAGAUUGGAGAAGCCCAGCACAGUUGCAAUUUGCAAUCCGUGAGAGAGGAAACAGAAGUCUUGCCCUCGAACUUGGGUCAGAGGACCAAACGUCAACAGGGAGUUAUGAAGGACUGGGAUGGGAAUGAAACAAAAUGACGAUAAGUAAUCAUAAUAACACAUAGACACUGUGCAUCCUAAUGCUCCAUGCUUUCUAGCACACCUGAGUAUUCAUGUGAACUUUGGAGGUAAUAAACUAAUUAUUUGUUCCCC